GCAGACGCAACAUGAAUAUUCAAUGAGUUCCUUGCUGUUACAGUGCAAAUAAAGCGAGAUAACGGGCCGUGGGCAGCGGGCUAAAACUUUUUAUUCUGACAUAUCAGAGCAAUGACUUUUGUGUAAUUAUAAACCUGGGACACGGAUCCCAGCGAAGGAAUAGGGUCUGUGCUGGAAGAAGAGAGAGAAGCGCUGAUUUUUUGGGUGUGGAAAACCGGACGGCGCAUUCAGUUUGCCCUUUCCAAAAGUAACAGUGGAAGAGUGAAAGUUACAGUAACAACAUGAGCUUGCUGUCUGCUAUAGACACCAGUACCUCAGUGUACCAGCCUGCACAGCUUCUCAACUGGGUUUACCUUUCUUUACAAGACACGCAUCAGACGAGUGCCUUCGAUGCCUUCCGACCCGAGCCCAACUCUUCCCACCCGGACCUGAACUACAGCAAAACUCCUGCCAAUGACCUGAGCUCCUCUCUCAACUCCAACUAUCUCAACAACUUCUUUCAGCUACAGAGGAAUGAGGCCCUGAAUAAUGGUUUAUACAAAAGUGUGUCACCGUACGGCUCUCUUAAUAACAUAGUGGACGGGCUGAACUCUCUAACGGACCACUUCUCCGACCUCUCCCUGUCCUCUGAGCCACGCAAGCCCAGCAAGAGACCUCCACCAAACUACCUGUGCCAUCUCUGCUUCAACAAGGGACACUAUAUCAAAGACUGCCCGCAGGCAAGACCCAAAGGUGAAGGACUGACUCCAUACCAAGGCAAGAAGAGGUGCUUUGGUGAAUACAAGUGCCCUAAGUGCAAGAGGAAGUGGAUGAGUGGGAACUCCUGGGCCAACAUGGGACAGGAAUGCAUCAAAUGCCAUAUCAAUGUUUAUCCUCAUAAACAGCGUCCUUUAGAGAAACCCGACGGCCUGGACGUUUCCGACCAGAGCAAGGAACACCCGCAGCAUCUGUGCGAGAAGUGCAAAGUCCUGGGCUACUACUGCCGCCGUGUGCAAUAAGGAGGAUCCCGAGGUCGUCCCCACCCUUUCCCAUCGCUUCGCCUACCAAGCGCUCCAAGAAAAAGUAAAAAGAGCCAAAAUAUUCAUGUAAAUAUCUCUAAUGCUAGUAACGGCUUUGUGUAUCAGCAGCAUGCGACGCAUUUAUUGUGUAUAAUGGACAAUUGAAUAUGUUUGGGACAGUAUUUCUAUCCGUACGGGACGCAGUGGAUUACCUCACCAUUGCGUCCCCUGAUUGUGUGUUUACAGACUCUCCCUUCAUUCUCCCUGCCAAGUGAACUAUGAGGAUGUGCCGAGCACUAAAGGUGUCACGUUAGUUUGCUCAAACAAGGGCCCAGUGUGCCUUUGCAGAGUUUUUGGGUCAAUAGCACAUCAUAUUAACUGUGAAUUAACAGAGGGACAAUGGACUUUCCAUCCCUUGCUUUUGUGUCACAUAUUUAUUUAUGUUUGUGUAUCGUUUCGUAGUGCAAUUGAAUGAACUAAACUGGGAUAAUUUCAUCUGUGUUUAUAUCUGGACAGGUAUUGUCUAACCCCACCUCUUGCCAUUAGAAACUACUGUAGAAUAGAACUUUCUAAUGCUUCGGAUUAGCGCGUCAGGUAGUUUAUAUCUUUCAUGUACGUGUAUGAAUUGCCAAAUGCGAGAUGUUUUUGUCAAGUUGGUUAAAUGCACCCUUGGAGGCAUUUGAAUCGAGUUGUUGGCAACUAUGCAAAACCAUUGCAGCUUAUGCAGAGUCAUCAGCUGCUUACAUUGUUGCACAGUCGAAUGAAGUGUGUGGAUGAUCGAAACAAAGCCAUGGCUAGCUGACCGUCACCGUCCUUUGAAAUGUGAUUACCUAUGUUGUCAAUUGCUGCCAGAGAACUGCUUCAAACAUCUUAGAAACCCAUGCAAAGCUGAAGUGUUUUGGUACAGGGGUCAAAAUGUGAGCUUUUCAGUCCAUGUGCUAACAUUUACAAACAUAACGCCUGCUCUUCGCUGAGAUAUUUGCCUCAGGAUAAAGAGUGUGUUUGAAUGACACAUCUCAGAUGAAAUAGUGUGCAUCUGUCUUAUAUAAACACCGCUCUAGAAAAUGUCAUUAAUUCAUUUCAAUAUUAUGCAACAGAUUUAUUUUUAAA